AUGAAGAAAACUCAGGAUGGUUAUGUAUGGAGAAAGGGCACUGGCGUCCGGAAAGGCAACCUCCAUUGCGCAGGUGUUGUGGACCCUCCUGAGAGACAAACUGCUCCUGUGGACUACAUCUACGAUGCCAUUGUCAUUGGGGCCGGCUAUAGUGGCCUGAUGGCCGCCCGUGAUAUGACGGACUGCGGUCUCUCGGUCUUGAUGCUUGAGGCUCGCGAUCGUGUCGGUGGACGUACCUAUACUGUCGAGUCUGAUGGCUUUCUAUACGAGAUGGGAGGAACAUGGGUAACGCACCAUAUGGCAUAUCUAUUCCAAGAGAUGACGCGGUAUAAAUUGGAUAGAGACCUGAUCCUUACCCACGAUCGACAACAUGCCAACGACUACUACACAAUUAACGUUCCAGGGGCAACCCCAAGAAAACUUCCUCACGAAGAAGCAGGUGAAAUCACUGCGCGAGCGUGGAAUAUCUUCGUCAACGUGGACGGACAGAACUGCCGCGCAAUCUGUCCAUUACCACAUGCCCAGCUCGAUAACAUUCUGGUCGAUCGACUUGAGGUGAAACGAUACGACAAGAUCUCCUGUCGCGACCGGUUCGAAGAGAUCAAGCACUUGUUGACACCCGAAGAGGCAGGAAUCCUCACCGCAUUGCUGCUCCACAUCUCCGGUGGUAGUAUGGAGAACUCAAGCCUGUGGGACAUGAUCCGCUCCCAUGCGUUGAUGUCAUACAGCCCGGACAACUUUGGCCCGAUCUGGACCACAUUCAAGCUCCGUCAAGGCCAAUCGGCCCUUGCUCGUGCUAUGUUUGAGGAGGCCGUGGACAACGGGCUGCAGUACGCCUUUCAGACACCGAUCAAGUCAGUCAUCGAUGAGACCAACGUAGUAAAGGUAAUUACAGCAGGAGGUAAGCAAUAUCGAGCUCGCCGCGUGGUGAGCACUAUUCCACUCAACGUGCUUCACACUAUCUCUUUCACUCCGCCUCUUUCUCCUACACGCCAGCAAGCGAUUGCAAUCGGACACGUCAACCACAUGACCAAGAUCCACGCAGAUGUUAAAGGAUCAGACCUAACCUCGUGGAACGGCAUGCGGUAUCCAAAUCUUCUGAUGUUCGGCUAUGGGGACGGAGUCACACCCAGCGGCAACGCGCACAUCGUGGGUUUUGGGAAGGAUGAACGAGACGUAUUUGUCCCUGAACGGGAUCCAGAGAAGGCCAUUGAUGCAUUCCAAAAGCUACACCCUAUGGAAGUAGAAAAGAUGGUCUUCCACAACUGGAACACUGAUCCCUGGUCUCAAGGUGGUCCCGCAUGGUGGCGUCCCGAGUUCAUGUCAAAGUAUCAGGAUGAGCUGCAGAGCCGCCAUGGACAGGUUUUCUUUGCCUCUGCGGACUGGGCCCAUGGUUGGCGGGCAUCUAUUGACGGUGCGCUCGAGCAGGGGUCUCAGGCUGCACUGCAGAUUAUCCGGGAACUCAAGAGCGUCCGUAAUAAGCUUGUCAAAGCGAGAAUGUAG